CAACCCCCCCACCCCCCCUUCCCCUCACAUCCUUGGAAGCAACAAUUAAGCAGCUCUGGGAUAAAACACACUGACUGCGAGAGCACGGGGGCAUUGCUUCAAGAGAUGGCAAGGCAGGCAGCUGCACCCCUCCUUCCCGGAGUCCUCCUCCUCUUCUCCAUCCUCCCGGCUUCCCAGCAAGGAGGGGUUCCUGGUGCUAUCCCGGGAGGGGGAGUCCCAGGAGGAGGCUUUUUCCCAGGUGCUGGGGUCGGAGGUUUGGGAGCAGGGCUCGGGGCUGGAGGAAAACCUCUCAAACCAGGGGUCGGUGGCCUCGGGGGACUUGGCCCUCUUGGCCUCCAGCCAGGUGCUGCAGGUCUGCUCCCAGGAGGUGCCUUCCCCGGGGGCGUCUUCCCAGGUGCUGCAUCCGCGGCCGCUCUUAAGGCUGCUGCGAAAGCUGGUGCUGGUCUUGGUGGCGUGGGUGGAGUUGGUGUUCCUGGAGGCCUCGGGGUCCCCGCAGGUGCUGUGGUGCCCCCGGGAGGGGUGCAGCCUGGGGUCGGCGCGGCAGUGAAGCCCCCCAAAGUACCAGGUGCUGGCAUCCCUGGGGCCUUCCCAGGCGGCGGCGUGCUCCCUGGCGCAGGUGUCCGCUUCCCUGGCGUAGGGGUGCUGCCUGGCGUUCCCACUGGCACCGGCGUCAAGGCAAAAGGUCCAGGAGCAGGAGCCUUCGCAGGAAUCCCCGGACUGGGAGGCUUUGGAGGCCAGCAGCCCGGAGUCCCUCUGGGGUAUCCCAUCAAAGCUCCCAAGCUCCCAGGUGGCUAUGGGUUGCCCUACAGCACUGGUCUUGGACCUGGCGGAUAGGAGCAGGACUUGGUGCUGGAAAGGCUUGGGUACCCCACUGGGACAGGAGUUGGAGCACAGGCGGCAGCAGCAAAAGCGGCAGCUAAGUACGGAGCUGGUGUCCUGCCCGGGGCUGGUGGCAUCCCAGGGGUGGGCGGCGUGGUGCCUGGCGUCGGCGUUGUCCCAGGAGUUGGAGUCGGAGGGCCGCGGCUGCAGCAGCAGCAGCGAAGGCGGGCAGCGAAGGCAGGAGCCUACGGUGCAGGGGUGCUGCCCGGUGUCGGCGGUGUGCCAGGCCUUGUGCCCGGUGUCGGCGGUGUCCCCGGCUUGGUGCCUGGUGUCGGAGGUGUCCCCGGGGUGGCAGGAGUUGGAACGCCAGCGGCAGCAGCAGCAGCAGCAAAGGCAGCUAAGUAUGGAGCCGGCAUUGGCGUUCCCGGUGUCGGUGUUCCUGGUAUUGGCGGCGUGCCUGGUGUCCCCGGUGUGGCUGGUGUCCCCGGCGUGCCUGGUGUCCCUGGCGUGGCAGGCGUCCCUGGCGUGGUGCCUGGUGUCGGAGUGGGUGGCCCAGCAGCUGCUGCCGCAGCAAAGGCUGCAGCGAAAGCGGCUGCAUUUGGAGCUGGCGUGCCCGGAGCCGGCGUUCCCGGAGUUGGAGUACCUGGAGUUGGAGUGCCCGGAGUCGGCGUUCCCGGAGUCGGCGUGCCUGGAGUCGGCAUUCCCGGAGUUGGUGUGCCCGGAGUUGGUGUUCCCGGAGUCGGUGUGCCCGGUCUGGUACCUGGAGCCGGCCCUGCUGCCGCCGCUGCUGCCAAAGCGGCCGCCAAAGCAGCCAAGUACGGGGCAGGUGGCCUGGCUCCUGGCGUGGGUGGCCUGGCUCCUGGCAUAGGUGGCCUGGCUCCUGGUGUGGGUGGCCUGGCCCCCGGCAUUGGAGGUGUCCCAGGAGUCGGAGGUCCGGCAGCAGCAGCAAAAGCAGCAGCCAAGGCAGCCAAAUACGGUGCCGGUGUCGGAGGGGUGCCAGGCGCAGUGCCCGGUGUUCCCGGUGUGCCAGGAGUGACACCCGGCGUCGGCGGUGUCCCCGGGUUGGUGCCGGGCGUGGGGGUACCCGGUGCUGGCGUUCUCCCCGGGGCAGGCAUCCCCCAAGUAGGGGUGCAGCCAGGUGCUAAGCCUCCCAAAUUCGGCGUUCCCGGAGCCGGAGUCCCAGGGGUUGGUGGCAUCCCAGGUGGCCUCGGAGUUGGUGGCCUCGGAGUUGGUGGCCUUGGUGCUGGGGCUGGAGUUCCCGGCUUUGGCGUGUCACCGAUAUUUCCAGGUGGGGUCGGCGGCCAGCUGGGAUUUGGCGGGAAGCCCCCCAAGACCUUCGGAGGAGCCCUCGGGGCCCUGGGCUUUAGAGGUGGAGUCGGCUGCGCACAAGGGAAAUACUGCGGGAGGAAGCGGAAGUAACCGUCCGCCCCACCGAUAACCUCAUGAACUUUGGUGCUACUGCAUGGUCCAGAAUGUAAAUCCCCAGCCCAGCUGAGACCCCCCCCGGCCCCCCGGCCCCACGCUCCCGGGAGGGACCCCACAGCACGGCAGCAGCACCGGGCCUGCCCCCACCCCGGGAGUUCUCCCCCGACCCCCCCAGGGAGCGCGGAAUAAACUGCGGGGAGCAGCUGUCCCCCUUGGUGCUAUCGCUCCCUGCGGGGGGGGCUGGGACCCCCCCGACACCCCCUGCCCCGGUGCUGCCCCCCGGGGUGAGUGGCGAGAGCUGACCCCAGGGGGGGCAGGCCGAGCGGGGGGCACGAGGGGCACCGGGGGGGGGAAGGAGGGAGGGAGGGAGGGGGUCCCGGCGGCAGGGGACAAUGUGGGGGGGCUUGUCCCCGCCAGCCUGCGACCCCCCCGGCUCCCUUCAUGUUACUCACUUUGAUAUAACUGGGUGGGACGCCCUACGCAGAGAGAAUCGCUGCCAACAGACUAAUAAAGGACAAGUUUUUAAAGGA